GGAGACGACGUUGGACUCCACGCGACCCUGCAUUCGGUCUUUCUCUCUCAUCCUUAAUUAAAUCUUUGUGUGCAGUGAGUCAGUACGGAUCCUUUUGCUGUAUCUCCUGCUACAGGGCCGGGCUUGCUUCGCUGGGCUGCCCGCAUUUUAACCCCAUCUCUCUCUUCUCAAAAUUAUCAAAAUCGAUUUUCCAUGUGAAUUGCGAAACCGUUCUCUACCCACACCACACACCCUUUCGUUAAUCCCGUCUCCGUCAAGGGUCUUUCUCCUUGAUUUUUUCCCAUUCAAUUCUCGUUUCGUUUUGGUUUCAUUUUAGUUCGUUCUUGGGAACCAACGCCUCGCCUCUUUUUUUCUUUCGAUUCCAGUGUUAAGAUACGAUUCAAAUCCUUCAAUCACCGACCGACCGAACCGCGCGCACAAACGAUCUUGUUUGUCGAUCGCCUGCCAGAUGUACUGAAACUCAUCGGGUGUUGGGCGCGAAACUGUUUCCUUUUCUGCUUAACUGCCAGCAUUAAAUGGUGGAGAUGCAACAGGAAAGGGGUUCCUUUGAUUCCUUUAAUGAACCUAUGGACUUGAACCAAGGUUCCCUUCCUAGCAAUACAUCAACCAUGGAUCAGUCGUUCUCGUGGGAAAAAAGCAUGUCGAAUCCGAUGGGAAACCAUUUACCAAGUUUGGUGCUUGCGCACGCCUCCGAUUGGAAAUCCAAAUCCCCAGCUACUAAUAAUUGCAGCCAGGGUUUUAAUGUUUGGAAUUGCGGCGAAUCCAGUUCUGGUUCCAUGAAUGUGCAAGAUAAAGGAAUUGCUGACGAUUGGAAUACGAGAAUAGGUUGGCCAGCAAUGCCUUUCGAUUCUCGUCCUGCCUCCAAUGGAAGGCCGGAGAAUUGGUCCCAUGAACCAUCCAAUAUGAGCUCCACAAGCUACUCUCGAAGUGGGAUGUUACUUGGCACACAUAAUUGCAGCUCGAACUUCGGUUCCCCAAAGGCAAGUUCAAAUGACAGGCUUGUAAUGGCAUACAAUCCUUACAAUAGUCUAGAAUCCCGUCUAUCACAUAGCAUCUGCAAGCCCGAAGAAACAAAGCCGUUCCCACCAUUAAACACCUCUUCUAGUAAUAUGGGAGCUUCUGCAGGUGGAUUUGUGUUUCCUGAAGCCUAUGGUGCUUCAGGUCCGUCUUUUGGUAUGUGGGGUUUGGCUUGUAAGAGAGAGGCUCAUGAAGGAACUACUGGACAACAUUACCCUGGUGGGGGGAGUUCGAGCUCCAGCCAACUAAAGGAAAAGAAUGUAAUGACACAUCCAGUUCCGGAUUAUUACAAUGGUGGUCAAGGGUCUUUAAAUGUACCGUCCAGCCGGCUGAGCGUGACUCCAAUUAAUCAUCCGCAAGGGCCUAAUUUUAACGGCAGGAUGGGUAUGAGUAGAAUAUCCCCUGGACAAUUUUCUUCGAGCAUUUCUGGAGUAUCUGAAAACUCAGGUCGAAAUUUCUAUACAAGAUUUGAUCACAGACAGAAUGGGCCGGCUCCAUAUGAUCUUUCUGGAAAUGCUUCUACAAGGAAUUUCGGUGUUUUCGUCGCCCCAAUGUCGCCGCCUGCCCCAAAUACUGAUUAUUCGAAGAUGAGAUUGGAUCAGAACAACAUGAACCACCAGGUUUUUAUGCGUGUUGAUGAAGCUAGAGGAGUGCGUUCAUACCCUUUGGAUGGAUCUUGUGGUUCACGAGGUGACAAUUCAUCGAGUUCAUUUGCAGUUUCUCGAGAAAGAGGCUCGGGAGCUCACCAGGAGCAAAAUGUGAGAAUCUCCGGUAGGAAUGAUGUGGAGCAUUUCAUGGAUGCUUCUGCCUCUGAGACAAGGAACUUCCCACCGGAUGAAAUUGACUGGAGUUUUGCUCCUGCGACAUUUGCUUCUUCUAGAAACCGUUUGUUAGGUUCACGGGUUGGAGUCAGUUCGGGUUUUCGAACUUCUUCCGCAGCCUGGUUACCUUAUCAAAGCCUGGCAUCACAACAUGAUCAUCAACAAUUACUGGAAUCUGCCCCUUGGAUUUCUGUCUCUAACGUUGAAUCUGAAUCUCCACCUGCAUUCCCUAGGAGUCCUUAUGCCCAUUUUCCUUCUCCAUCUUCAUUCGACAGGGCAGCUUCUUCAAAUCAGCCUUUCCGACAACAAAUGCCUUCAAAUUCGGCAGCAUUCUUGAUGCCUAUUCCUGGUGAUGAAUUGAAUGAUUGGCGCGGUAUGACUUCUGUUGAUGGCAGAAAUAGAUUGAUUCGUCAAGUUUUAAAUGUCGUGCGAAGAGGUGGUGUGCGCAUACCAUCAGAGGACUAUAUGUAUGCUGACACACUCAUGGAUGAAUUUGCCGAGAUGCAUGACAGACACAGUGAUAUGAGGCUUGAUGUUGACAACAUGUCUUACGAGGAACUGCUGGAUUUAGAAGAACAGAUUGGGAAUGUUAGCACUGGACUGAGUGAGGAGAAGAUACGCAACUCCAUGAGACGAAGAAAGCACAGAGCCACUAGAGGAGUCUCACCGAACCUGGAGCCAUGCUGCAUAUGCCAGGAGGACUAUGUUACUGGCGACGACAUUGGAAUCUUGGAUUGUGGGCACGAGUUUCAUACUGACUGCAUCAAACAGUGGCUGUCAUUGAAGAACCUAUGUCCAAUCUGUAAGGUCACUGCCCUCGACACUUGAAAGGAUGCAUUUGCUUUCUCGGGCACCAAGGGCACUGCACUACACCUGAAUGACGCGGCAAAACACACAGCCCUUGUGUUCUGGGAAUGGAAUUAAGAGAAAAAAGAAUAAUAAUAAUAAUAGCUUGAUGCUAUGAGUAAAAAACAUUUGUAACUUAUGAAAAAGUUUUGAACUUUGAAUAAGUACAAUAAUUUGCUGUUGAAGGAACUGCUAUGCUGUUGUUGGAUGAGGAGGAGGAUGGUAUAGCAUGCUUUCUAAGUUGACAACAUCUAUAUAUGCUUGCUUUCUUCUUUUAUUAUUUAGUUCUGGUCUACAUAUGGUGGAUUGGAUUCUGAUUAAUUUUAAUGAUGGAUUGUGAUCA